AUUUGGAGAUAGCCGAAACGGCAGCUGCGCGUUUGUUUUUCAUUUUAAACAAAAUAAGAGCGCGCUGACGUCAUCGAGGACUUUCAACAUGGCGCUAACCACAAAAGGAAUAUUUGUGAUCGGCGCGAAAAGGACCCCUUUUUGCAGUUUUGGCGGGCCCCUCAGAGAUACUCCGGCCGGGCUGGCUUUUGCGGCCACGGCGAAAGAUGCCAUUCAAAUGUCGAAGCUGGAUCCCACUUUCAUCGAUAAUACAGUCAUAGGAAAUGCCCAUUACCUAAGUCAAUGUGACGGCGGGAAGACUGCGAGGUAUUGCGGCCUAUAUUCAGAUGUCCCCAUAGACCGACCAGCUUUGGCAGUCAACAAAGCCUGCGGGUCGGGGCUCCAGGCUGUCAUUACUGGUGCACAGGAUAUCCUAACAGGCAUGGCGCGCGUGUCACUCACAGGAGGCACAGAAAUCAUGUCGGCCCUUCCUUUUCUAGUGAAGAACGUUCGCUUUGGCUCGAGCCUCGGCAGCAAUUACACCUUCGAAGACCACAUACAGAAGCAGUUCCUCGACUCGCAUAGUGGGCUGACGCUGCAGAGGAUGGCCGAGGACUUGGCGAGGAAGUAUGGCAUCAAGAGACAGGAGGUCGACGAGUUCGCUUUGAGCAGCCACUUGAAAUGGAAGGCAGCUCAAGAAUCCAAGUUAUUUGACAACGAGUUGACCAGCGUAAACGUAACUUUAAAGAAAAAGGAAGUCGUGGUUGAUAAAGAUGAACUGCCUCAACAGAAAAUAAGUUUAGAAGGACUGUCUCAGCUGCCCUCCAUUAAUGACGACGCUUCUGUUAUCACUACGGGGAAUUCUAGCGGUCCAGCUGACGGCGCAGCAGCAGUUCUCAUAGCAGACGAGGGUACUGUGGAACAGAACCAGGUCAAACCCCUCGCUAGAGUGGCUGGCUGGGCUUGCGUAGGGUCUGAUCCUUUGGAGCCGGGACUAGGCGCCGUACCAGCUGUGGAAAAGUUAUUGUCAGUGGCUGGACUUACUGUGAAUAAUAUUGACUUGUUCGAGAUAAACGAGACUUUCGCCUCGCAAGUGCUGGCCAGUGCCAUGGUGCUUCACAUAGACCCCGCGAAGAUCAAUGUAAGCGGCGGCGCCGUAGCUUUAGGCAAUCCAGUGGGAGCCACCGCGGCGAGGAUGGUCGUACAUCUAGUGCACGAGUUGAGGAGGCGCAACUUAAAGAAAGGAAUCGUUGCAUCAAGUUGUGGUGGUGGACAAGGCAUUGCAGUGCUGUUUGAAGCAUUAUGAUCUUGAUAAAUAAUAUUUCAGUAUUAUUUGAAAAACAAUCUGAAAAGUGUGGGUAAAUACAUUACCAAAGAAUUGUAACUUAUCAAACUACCUCAGUCCACUGGUUACUUUAAUCGAGUUAUCUUUUGGACAAAAUUGCUUAUGGAUUUCUUUGAUAAUCUUGGUUGAAAAGAAUAAACGUAAUAAUAAGAAUAUAAAUGUAUGCUCAAGUUUAAUUGUUGAGUGUAGUGAUAUUUUUGUAUAACUAAUAUAAAUAAUAUACUAUAAUAUAUUCAUAAAAAACAAUAAGCUUUGUUGUAUAAUUUAUUGUAACUUAAAUAAUAUUAUGAUUACACUAAUAUAAAUGCCUUACAAUAAAGUAUAAUGGAUUUCAUAAUUCAGGACAAAUGAAGCAAUGCAUUAGCUUUUGGCGAUAACUUGUGCAAUUUGAAAGACUUUUUGCUUGAUCUUACACAGGGCCCAACGUACAGCCUUACAUACAUUUAUUACAUAGACAUCACAAUCAUAAUCUAU